CAAAUUAACAUCAGCCACAAGUAGGAAGUGUAUUUGUUAUACAAGUCUCUUAGAGAAACAUGAGCUUUUACUCACUAUGUGGUUCUGUAACUCUCCUUGGGUUUUUCCUCUGUAUAUCAGAGGUAGAGAGCAUGAGGACACUGAAAAAUGUAGCUGUAAAAAGAGGAGGAUCUGUCACUAUUCCAUGUCUUUAUGAUGAGAAGCACAAAGCAAACAGUAAAUUCUGGUGCAAAGGGAUUUACUGGUCUACCUGCAGUAUCGUAGCCUAUGCAAACUCAAGUGGAAAUCCAUCAGUCAUUGAUCAUCCAGAGCAGAAUUUAUUCACAGUCGAAAUGGACUCUGUCUCUGAGUCUGGAACGGGUUGGGGUGCUGUAGAAAUUGGGGAUAAAUUGCAGCCGGAUGACCGUGAUUAUUUGUACCUCACGGUUAGUCAAGAUCCUGAUCUGUCAGUGAGGGAGAGCAGAGUGAGAGGUGAGGAAGGAGGCAGCAUCACAGUCCAGUGUCUCUACAGUGCUGCGUAUCAGAAUACACAGAAGCAGUGGUGCAGAUUUAAAGAUGGACAAUGCAAAACAGUGAGGACUGAAACAUCCCAGAAUUCAGCAGUGUACAUCAGUGAUGAUGGGAGAAGAUCCUUCAGUGUGAGGAUGAGCAGACUGAAGAAGAGUGAUACUGGAUGGUACUGGUGCAGUGCAGGAGAUCUGCAGGUUCCUGUUCACAUCAGUGUCAGUGAUCCACCUCCAGUGAUUACAUCAAAUACUACAACAGUGACUUCAACAGUGACUACAACAGUGACUACAACAGUGACUACAACCGCCCAUCAAGAGAAUACGUACACAUCUGACUCAAAGCACAAUGCAGGAAAUGCUGAACACUGUAGACCAUGAUGUUUUUCUCUGCAGUUUUACAGACAUGUAAAUUUGUUGCUUUAUUGAAAGGUGAACAGGUGACUAUUACACAUGAUACUUUCCACAGGCCUAAUGCACUCAGAUAUAUGGUCAGAGUUACAGCUAAAUAACUGUCUGUAUUAGGGAAAGAAAAAAAUCUAACAAGAAACAUAAAAAUAUUAAACUUUGAAUACUGUAUCAUUGAUCUAAUCUAACACACACGCACACACACACACACACACACACACACACACACACAC